AAACAUCUAAUUAAAGUUUUUGGUCUUUCUGGCUAAAGCUUUGAGUUGUUUGGAUUGAUUUCAAACAAUUCAAAAGCUUUUGGUCUUUGCUCAUCAGACAUACAAUGGCAGCAAAACAGACCAUGAUUUUUGCCCUUGAUGACACUGACCACAGCUUUUACGCCUUAGAAUGGACACUUGAUCAUUUCUUUGGCUCAACUUCUAGUCUCUUUAAGCUCGUCAUUGUUCACGUUAAAACCACUCCAACUUCUGUUGUAGGUCUUGCUGGCCCAGGAACAAGUGACGUGCUCAUGCUGGUAGAAACAGAUAUUAAAAAGACAGCUCAGAGAGUUUGUGAGAAGGCAAAACAAUUAUGCGAAGCUAAAGGGGUGAAUGAUGCAGAAUUUGAUGUUGUUGAAGGAGAUGCUAGAAAUGUGUUGUGUGAAGUUGUUGACAAGCACCAUGCCGCUGUCUUGGUCAUGGGAAGCCAUGGUUAUGGAGCAUUCAAAAGGGCUGUUUUGGGCAGCGUAAGUGACUACUGUUCUCACCAUGCUCGUUGCUCCGUGAUGAUUGUCAAGAAGCCAAAGGCAAAGAAUUGAGAAGAUGGGCAGUCAGAGUAAAAACGAUAUAGCUAAACCUCGGGGUACAGUCAAAGGAAUCAGAGUCCAUGAAAUCGGUGAUCUGCUCAAUGGGACAUUGAAAACCGAAGGAGUGUUGAAGAGCGAAGAGACUCCGAGCCCGAGGGCAAGAUACUCAGCCCAAAUUUGAAGGAUCUGCUACAAGCUAGGUUACAUACUGCCAAUCACGCCGUCAUUUGCGCUGACACCCGUACGGGAUCUCUGACAUCCGUACGUUGUGCUGUUUUAUGAUUUUUAAGGUUUUGCUUAAAAGGCCCUUUUAAGGUUGUUAAGGGACCUAUCUAUUUUUUAAUAUAAAUAGGGGUGAACCCCCCUCAUUUUUAGGUUAGCUUUUGGAGAGAUACAAUAGAUACACUUUGUAAUAGUCUAGAUCUUAGCUUAAGCUUUCUGGAUUUGGCUCGGUAUAGAAGCUGUACAUCCCGAACCGAACCAAACUAACUGUGACAGAUAAUUUAUCGCUUGAAGCUAUUUUUCUCUUUUUUCUCA